CCGCCUCAACAAUAUAAAACUUAUCUUUACCUUACCGAAUUAUAUUAUUUAUUAUUAUGUAAUCACAGUGAAGGCUGGGAAAAAUUAGGUUUAUACGAAUACUAUAAGGCGAAAAAUCACGCCAAAAGAGAAAAAGAUGAGGCGAUAAAGGCCGGAAUCAGACAAAAGUCGCGAAGCCCAUCGCCGAUAGUAGUGAAACCGGAGAAGGACGAGACGCCGCCCAAAAGGCGGUACCGCAGCAAAUCGCCCACGCCGCCGCCUUCAUCGCACCGAAGAAGUAGCAGGAAGAAAAGAUCGCGAUCAAGGUCCAGAUCGAAGUCCCGAAGCCGCUCGCGGAGCCCUAGAAAGCGCCGGGGCAGAGAGUUGAGGGAAAGCAGAGAGAUAAAGCGACGUAGGAGUGUGUCCAGGUCGAGAUCCAAAUCAAAGUCCCCACUGAGAAGGUCCAUGUCUCCAACCCCAGGGUUCGGCAACAUGCCCUACCUGCGAGCUGAGGCUCAAGAACUGGAUCCCUCCAAUAAAGGCCACGAAAUGCUGCGCAAAAUGGGAUGGGGCGGAAAAGGGCUGGGGGCGAACGAGCAAGGCAUCGACGCUCCGAUAUCCGGGGGUGAUGUGCGGGAUCGGCAGGAUCAGUUUAAAGGGGUAGGGUGCAACUUGAACGAUCCCUAUGAGAACUUUAGGAAAAACAAAGGUGCCGCCUUUAUCACCAGGAUGAAAGCCCGCGCGGAAGAACGCGAGAAAGAGAGUAAGAAUAAUUUUAAUUGCGUAUUUAUCAAAUCCAUUCUAAAGUCGGUUUUACGAUGGGCCUUCCAAUGAACAAGCUGGUUUGCUGAAGUUUUAUUAGCAGUCGUUUGUUUAAAUAUUGAUUCUGGCCUAACUCACAAUGUUAGCGGCAAUCAAAGGCUUAAUUGUAGGAAAAUUGAGCCGGAUGUUUGUUUUGGGUCGCAGCUUUUUUUAGUUUUCGCAAAAAAUACAAUUUAGCAACAGAAAUGUAUGCUAAACUACUGCGUAGAAGCUGCCUUUUACCAACGCCCGAAACCGUUUUAUCUAAGGUAUUUUAGGGAUAUCAGCACCUUCAAAGCGCUUCUAACAGCCGGUUUUUUAUUAAAAAAGUGCCAAUUUUUCCGUUCCAAAAAGUGACAAAAGGGGUUGAUGCUGAAGCGAAAACCCAUACAUUUUUACUUUAGUCUUGAACUUUGCGUUUUUUUAAGACAAAAAUGAAUUUUGCAUAUUUUUAUAGUUUGUCUAUUUUUCAAUGCUGAAUACAUUUAAUUCCCAACUGAUUCCUAUGACUAAAACGAUUUUUUAUUGUUUCUAGAAGAUAUACCCAGAAGAGCUGAAGUAUAGUGUCGUUUUUUGCAAGUUCCGCAAAGGUUCUUUUGUGCUAGAUAUAGUGUGUUGCACUGUAUGCACUGUUCUCUUUGUUGUCAUACAUUUUUCCAGAUUGAGAUACUCUGAUGGUGUAAUUUUUUCUAGGAUAUGUGGAUAUUGACCAAAAAACACGUUAAAAGUGGCGUACUUUUUUAAUGCAUCCUAAUGUUAUUUCCCAAUUUACUAAACUUCUUCUUCCAGAAUAAUUUUAGUUUUGAAUGUGUACAUAGCUUUGGAAUAAAAUUUUAAAGUGAG